GUCGUGAAGCAUCGGAAUAUCAACCACAUCCACCUGAUGAUCACUCGGAAUCAUGGCGUUUAGCAUUUGAAAAAGAACUUACAGAAUAUAUUAAAGAACGUUACCCAUAUGGUGCUUGUACAGUUAUAGGUGGAAGUGAUGCAGAUACAAUUACAUUAGCGGCUUUUAUUGAAAGUCAUAAAUUUGAACCGAAAAAUUUUUGGAAUGGACGAUGGCGUUCGAAAUGGUCAUUGGCAUUUAGUAAAGGACAAACCGAAUGUGAAUUAACUGGCUUGAUUAAAGCACAAGUGCAUUAUUUUGAAGAUGGCAAUGUACAACUAGUCAGUAGUAAAGAUAUAACAGAAAAAGUUCAAUUUCAAGAUGAAACAACGACUGCGAAAGAAAUUAUUCGAAUUAUUCGUCAAGCUGAAGAUAAUUAUCAACAAGCUGUUAAUGAAAAUUAUCAAGUAAUGUCUGAUUCAACAUUUAAAGCAUUACGUCGUCAAUUACCAAUAACAAAAGCUAAAAUUGAUUGGACAAAAAUUACAGCUUAUAAAAUUGGUUCUGAACUUAAAAAUGCUUAA